AGUAAAAAUUUUUAUAUAAAAAUGAUCUCAUUUAAGGUAUCUGCACCAGGAAAAGUUAUUUUGUUUGGAGAACAUGCUGUAAUGUAUGGAAAGACUGCCUUAGCAGCUAGUUUAGAUUUACGUACAAAUUUAAAAUUUCAAGAACUACAAGAAGUAGAGAAAAUUAUGAAAUUAAACUUUCAUAACAUAAAUUUGGUUGUGAAUGUACCAAUUCAACGUAUACAAACAUAUAUUUCUAUUUAUAAAUCUCAUCAAUUAGAAAAUAAUCAUGACAAUUUUUAUGAUCAUAUUCAACAAUUCGUACACGAUAUUGGAUAUAAUAAUCCACAUCAAAAAUUAAGUUUAGAAGCAUUUUUUUAUUUACUCAUAUAUGUAUCCAAUAAAGAAGAAAUUGAUGUAAAACCUGCAGAAAUAAAUUUGAAUACAGAAUUAUCAAUUGGUGCUGGACUUGGAAGUUCAGCUUCAUUUGCAGUUUGUUUGUCGGCUUGUUUUCUUCAUUGGUCACGUUUGCAAAAGAAUAUCUAUAAAACUUUAGAUAUAAUCGAUUUGAAAUUGAUAUCAAAAUAUGCAUUUGAAUGUGAAAAGAUUUUGCAUGGUACACCAUCUGGAAUCGAUAAUUCCAUUUGCACUUAUGGAUCAAUAAUAGAAUUUAGAAAAAAUAAUUGUAUGAACUCAAUACUUAAUGUAAAGAAAAUGAAAAUUUUAUUGGUAGAUACUAGAGUUCAAAGAAGCACUAAAACAAUAAUAGAUAAAUCAACGAAAUUGAAAUGUAUGUAUCCUACUGUUAUUGAUUCUAUCAUGGAUUCUAUAGACAACAUAUCAAAAGAAGCACUGAAAAUUCUUAAACAAGAUACAAAUCAAAUUCAGAAUAAUAGUAAAAGAAAAUGCGAAGAGUAUGAAGAAUACAAUCAAUUAAUGAUGCUUAUCAAUAUAAAUCAAAGUUUAUUAGCAGCAUUGCAAACAUCUCAUUCAUCAUUAGAUAGAAUAUGCGCAGAAGCUCAAAAUUAUGGAUUUGGUGCUAAGUUAACAGGUGCCGGCGGCGGAGGACAUGCUUUUGUUUUAUUACCACCAGAUACGCAACCUGAAAUCAUAUCAAGUAUUUCACGAAAAUUAAUUGCAGAUGGUUAUUGUGUUACAUUGACAAGCUUAGGUGGUGUUGGUGUUUCAAUAGAUGAAUAAGUUAUUAUUUUUAUGAUUAUUUUAUGAAUAUCAAUAAAUAAACAAUUUUGUUUUGUGUUAUCUA